CGAUGAAUGCCGGACCAUCCCUGAGGCCUGCCGAGGAGACAUGAUGUGUGUGAACCAAAACGGCGGGUACCUGUGCAUCCCCCGAACAAACCCAGUGUAUCGGGGGCCCUACUCGAACCCCUACUCCACCUCCUACUCAGGUCCAUACCCAGCAGCUGCCCCUCCGCUCCCGGCUCCAAACUACCCCACGAUUUCCAGGCCUCUCAUCUGCCGCUUUGGAUUCCAGAUGGAUGAAGGCAACCAGUGUGUGGAUGUGGACGAGUGUGCAACGGAUUCCCACCAGUGCAACCCCACCCAGAUUUGCAUCAACACCGAAGGAGGGUACACCUGCUCCUGCACCGAUGGCUACUGGCUCCUGGAAGGCCAGUGCUUAGACAUUGAUGAAUGUCGCUAUGGCUAUUGCCAGCAGCUGUGCGCGAAUGUUCCUGGAUCCUAUUCCUGUACUUGCAACCCUGGUUUUACCCUCAACGAGGAUGGAAGGUCUUGCCAAGACGUGAAUGAGUGUGCAGCGGAGAACCCCUGCGUGCAGACCUGCGUCAACACCUACGGCUCCUUCAUCUGCCGCUGUGACCCAGGAUAUGAACUCGAGGAUGACGGAGUUCGUUGCAGUGACAUGGACGAGUGCAGCUUCUCCGAGUUCCUCUGCCAACACGAGUGUGUGAACCAGCCCGGCACGUACUUCUGCUCCUGCCCCCCUGGCUACAUCCUGCUGGAUGACAACCGGAGCUGCCAGGACAUCAACGAGUGUGAGCACAGAAACCACACGUGCACCCUGCAGCAGACCUGCUACAAUCUGCAAGGGGGGUUCAAGUGCAUUGACCCCAUCCGCUGCGAGGAGCCGUACAUUCAGAUCAGCGACAACCGCUGUAUGUGUCCCGCCGAGAACACCGGCUGCAGAGACCAGCCCUUCACCAUCCUCUACCGCGACAUGGACGUGGUGUCCGUUGACAUCUUCCAGAUGCAAGCCACCACCCGCUACCCCGGCGCUUACUACAUCUUCCAGAUCAAGUCUGGGAAUGAGGGCCGAGAAUUCUAUAUGCGGCAAACAGGCCCCAUCAGUGCCACCCUGGUGAUGACACGCCCCAUCAAAGGGCCCCGGGACAUACAGCUGGACUUGGAGAUGAUCACUGUCAACACCGUCAUCAACUUCAGAGGCAGUUCCGUGAUCCGACUGCGGAUAUACGUGUCGCAAUACCCGUUCUGAGCCGGGGCCGGAGCCUCCGACACGCCUCUCACCAGCACCAAGGGCCAGGAGACGGGGAGCGACGAGAGGGAGAAUGAGAGGGA